GCCCCGCCCCCACCAUUCAUCUGUGUAUGUCUGUGUGGCCGUAGUAAGGCAUGCGCAGUGCAGACGAGUAAAACGGACGGAAUUCAAAGUUUCUGACGAGCCCGUCAAGAUGUUCGGCUUCCAUAAAUCCAAGAUUUACCGCAGCAACGAAGGUUGUUGUAUUUGCAAAACCAAGUCGUCCAGUUCUCGGUUCACGGACAGCAGCAGGUAUGAGGAAAACUUCAGACUCUGCUUCGGUCUGUCAGAGGGUCGGGUUGGAGACAUCUGCAAUGCUUGUGUGCUGCUGGUAAAACGCUGGAAGAAAUUACCACAGGGAUCAAAGAAAAACUGGAACCAUGUGGUGGAUGCAAGGGCAGGACCUGGCUUCAAGCUGACCAAACCCAAGAAAGUUAAAAAUAUUGAUGGAAAGAAGAAAAAUAAACUGAAAAAGCUUCAUAAAUUCAAAAGACAAAAUUCAGAUGCCCACAGCACCACAUCCAGUAUGUCUCCCUCUCAGUCUCCCAGCCACAGUAAUCAGUCUGACGACGGGUCGGACAUCGAGACCAAGCAGAGGCGUCCAAACCCAUCGGGGUUCUCCUUUCUCGACCUGUCCUACUGGAAGAGGCAAAAGGUGUGCUGUGGGAUCGUCUACAAGGGGCGUUUCGGUGAGGUGAUCAUCGAUCCUCGUCUCUUCAAGCCCUGCUGUAACAAGAAGCGCCCAGCUCUGGCAUCCUCCCCGGACUCUCAGAUCUCACAAACACAUCCUUCCCCUCUUCCAGAGGACAUGAAGGAGGCAUGGUGAUCCAACUAAAACACCCUCCAAACUGUCUCGUUGAGGCCCUCAUAGCUUUGUCUCCAGUGGUAGACUCUGGUAUCUUCCCUUUGUUAGAUUACUGUGUAUGAGUUGAGUUUUCCCCUUGCUUUUGUAUUUUUUAUGACUCUUGUAAAAUGUAAGUUUUGUACCUUUUUUUUUUUUUAAUAUAUAACAGAAAAUGAGAAAAAUUUGGGCAUUAGGACAUAUUUAUAGGUCUGAGUUAGGAAAUUAAAUGUAAUCAAUUUUUUUAUUAUUACUGUAAUUACUUUGGAGUUACCAGUGUUUUGUAAAUAAUCUUAUUUUCCAUACGAGUGCACCAAAAGACUUCUAUUUGGCAUUUAGUUUGACGGGUUACAGAUGAAUAAUGUAAAGUGCUGUAUCUAACAUUAUAGCCAAGGCAUUAAUGAGAUGGGUGUACUUUUAAACCAAUAUAAUAUUUUACUCAGCCUUGCAGUCUUCUGCUCUGAUUCAAGUUCAACUGUGGUCUGUUAUAUCACACACAUGCAUUUUCUGACUAGGAUUCUUGAGCACAAUAUUCACAAUGUGAAUUCACCUCAGCGGUGGUCUAUAAUAUGGACAUGUGCUUGUAAAAUCUCUUUUUCUUUCUGGUUUGGCAUAAAGAUGUUGCUCAGUAUUUAAAAAAUGGUUACGGGUUUGUAAAUCUUUUUAAAACCAAGAUGCAAAAACACAUUAUCUCAAGAGUAUUUAAACGGUUAUCAUUUACACAAUGGCAUAUGAAAGCAUGCAUAAUGUAUUUGUAGGCAUAAUCAGUUUUGUGGUUGUUGGUGGUGUUUGUAUUUUAUUUUUUGUUGUAUGAGAGUGUUAUAAUAUUGAAAGUAAGAUAUUACUGACUGAUGAAUUUCCGACCUGGCUUUACACUGUUUUUAACCACAUUUUUCUAUAUUGUACACUAAAGGUAAUCGAAGAUGAAAUUGUACAGUCUUUCAGCCUUGAUGUAUUGACUGCAGCCUUUUGUAUGUUUUUUUCUUUCUUUGCUGUUUGGAUUAAUUGAAAUAUGACAGAAUUGACUUUUUUUGAGGGAAAAAUGUUUAGCAAUAUUAUAUGGAGUUUGCAAUUGGAUUUGGAAGUUCAAGAUUUUGGUGUAUUAUUUGAAUUAAUGUUUGUUUUUAUUCACCAGCAAUUCUUUGCGUCAGCAUUACUGUUGACUUCAAGCUCUUCUUAAAAUGCAUGAGAGCAAAUACAAGAUGUUGAUAAAUUUCAGGGAAAAAUGUUUUUAACUAUUAGUGUGGCACAUUCUCAGUAAAUGUGCCUUACCAGAGAUUUAGCUGGUCAUUUCAUUAAGUUAAUUUGUCAUUUUUAACUUAUGCUAUUUAUUCAAAGUUGUCUGUACAAUUAAUGCUGUAAAGAAGUUUUUGUGCACUUUCUUUUUUAUACUUUUUAUAAUAUUACCAUUGAUAAAAUUUUGUAUCUCAAUUUUCCUCACAUUGGUAUUUUCAUAAAUGUUUUUAAAGUA